AUGAAUCAACAUCUGUUCAAUAAAAAAAUUUAUACAUCGCGCUACAUUUCAUUGCGUUCAAUUUUCAAUGGAGCAUGCAAUAUUCAUAAACAAUUGAAACAGAAAUUACAUGAAUUGUUAAAAAUUAAAGAAGCAUUAGAAGAUGAGUGUAGCUCACUUCGUAAAGAAUUAACGCAUAUGAAAGAAGCACCAAAAGUUGUAGAAUCAAGUGAUACUAGUAUGAAUAAUUAUGCACUUCGUGAACAAGCUCUUGUAGCUGAGAUUGUUCGCUUACGACGUGAUUUGAACCGUCUACAUGAAGCUGCAGAAUCACGAAUCCAAUGUUUAAAAAAUAGACUGAAUGCAUUCACUGAAGAGUCAUUCAAUCGACGUACACUAGAAAUGAAAGUAUCACAGUUGCAUACUGCUGCAUUGAAAUAUGCAAAUCAACUUGCUGAAUUGACACCAAUCAAUAAAUCACAUGGAUGUGAUGAGACUAUGACACAUAAUGGAGUCUUCUUGUCAGCUUUACCACCGCCAUUGUCUAUUUUAACGAAAGUUACUCCACAUCGUAGCAGUUUGGAAUUGGGAAUUUCAACGGGGAUUAAUUUACCGCCUAUUGUACGUUCUGGUUACUAAUAGAUAAGAAAUAGUCUCAGUAUAAAUGAUGAUAAAAGAUUACAUUUAAAUAUUAUAUAUAAUAUAAGUUUAUUU